UAGGCAUGAAUUGAUUAUUAUGUAUGCAUGAUUAUAUUUAUUGUUGAUUUAAUAUUUUGACUACUUUAUGUUCACUGUUUGCAGGAUGGAGGAUUACAAAUACUUGUUUAAGAUAGUACUGGUUGGUGAGGCAGGUGUUGGUAAAACAUGUCUUGUGAGACGCUUCACUCAGGGAUUAUUUCCCCCGGGCCAAGCAGCAACUAUAGGUGUAGAUUUCAUGAUUAAAACUGUCGAGAUUGAAGGUGAUAAAGUAAAGCUACAGAUAUGGGAUACUGCGGGCCAGGAAAAGUUUCGCUCAAUUACUCAAAGUUAUUAUAGAGCUGCUCAUGGCCUCAUUCUGGUGUAUGACGUCUGCUCACAGAACACUUUUGAUGCUCUUCCACAGUGGAUCACUGAUAUUGAAUCAUUCGCUAACGAAAAAGUUCUUUCCUAUCUAGUUGGUAACAAGAUAGAUCGUGGAGAUGCUAGGGAGAUUCCCACUCAUAUAGGUCAGGAGUUUUCUGAUAGAUAUGAAAUGAAAUUCAUAGAAACCUCUGCUAAAGAGGCGGACAAUGUUGAUAAAUUGUUUCUUGACAUUGCCAUGAAAUUAACAGCAGAGGCUAGGGAGAAGGGACGACUGGCCCCUGACGACUCACCCAUGAAUAUUUCCAGCAACACAAAGACGAUCAGUUCAUGCUCACAAUGUUUCAAGUUCUGAGGACAACAUUUUUGUGAUACUUAAGUUUUACAAAUGCUUUUUGUCAAUUAUGUGAGGUUUAUUUUCAAGGGCUAUUUUUAUUAUGACUUGAAUUUUCACUAAAUUGUUGGAAUGAGAACCCUAAUAGAUAGGUUAACUUAAUGAGUAGCUUUAAUUUUUAGUUGCUGAAACUGUAAUGUACACAGUUGUGUAUUGGCAAUGAACAUUUUUAUAUGUUUAUGCCAUAUAAAAAAAAAAAUUAGUUUAACUGAAUUUUUGCUACAGUAUUGAAAUUUCUUGUUAUGAAUGUUAUAACAAACCCUGGGCAAUCAUCAUGGUUGUAAAUAAUAUACUUGUUGAUAGCAAAAGUAUUAAGAUUUUUUAACUAAAGUCACGUGUUGCUGAUUUUUUGUAAAAUU